AUGACCGUAAUUUUCAAUGAUCCCAGUUGGUGGCCAACAAUCAAUUCAAACAUUAUUUUCAGCUAUUGGACAGUUGCUGCCGGCGUCAUGGUAGUAUAUGAUUGGGUACUAACACUGGGACAAGAGAUUGAACUGAUAUGGAGGCAACGCUGGUCUUUCAUGACUGUGCUGUAUUUGGUUGUACGUUAUAUUGGAAUACCAUAUGCUGUUGUCAGUGUUCUGGGUAAUACUGUGAAUUACGCUCUGAAUGGGAUAUUUGGGGUCAUAUAUGCCAUGUUGGGUGUCAUCAUGAUUGCUCGCUUAUAUGCCAUGUAUCUGGGAUCUAGAAUGAUGCUCACUUCCCUUCUGGCAAUCUCUUUGGCUGUUAUCAUUGCUUGCGCAGUCACUGGAUCAAUAGCAAUCAAGGACACUGUAGCGGAGGAGCUGAUGCUCUCUGGCAUGCACAUGUGCGAUUACAAAGAUGAAGGGAACGACCAACUUCUGUAUUUGAUGUUUUGGAUGAUCUACACUGUUUGGGAGGUCCUCGCACUGUGUCUUUCAGUCUGGAUUACUGUAAAACACUUCCGUGACCCGCGACGACCCCGCCCAUCGAUAGGAUCGACAACCGGGGACUUUUUCAGAGUGCUGAUAAGAUCUCACGUGCUUUAUUUUGCAAGCUUUGUUUGCCUCUCUUGCUUCGAGCUUGCUAUUCACUCUGCAGAGCUCAUGAAUACACAUUCUACUAUUGGAGUUCAGAUACUUGGUGGUCCUUCUGACAUUCUACUAUCCAUGCAGAUGUUUGUGCUGGGACCACGCCUCAUCCUUAGUGUUCGAGAAUACCACGCCACACUCGUGGCCGACUUCGACGCAGAAGAUAGCAUGAAUUCGAUUGUCUUCCAGGAGCAUGUACUUAUAUCAACUAGCAGUACUGUGUAA